CCUGCCCUGUGGGGAAGCGGAAGGUUCGCGGUGCCAAGGCUCCCAGUGGCCGCCCUGUGGGGAAGUGGAAGGCUCGGGGUGCCGGGGCUCCCGGCGUUCCCCGUGCCCGCCCUGCCCUGUGGGGAAGCGGAAGGUUCGGGGUGCCGGGGCGGCCCCGUUCCCGCUGCCAUGGCGCGGCCGCCCCGCCGCGGCUGAGGGAGCCGCCAUGGCCGCCGCGCUGCGGGCCGCGCUCUGCAGCGGGUUCCUGCUCGUCGUUUCUGCAAUGGUCCCAGAGCCCCAGAACGUGAGAAUUUCUUCAGUCAAUCUUCACAGCACCUUGCAGUGGGAUGCACCAAGGUUCCCCAGAGGAAACCUCACCUACACUGUGCAGUCCAAGAGCAUCUACUACCCCGGGGACAGCUUUGAGACGCUGGGGACGGGGCUGAGGCAGCCGCGCUGCGACGUGUCCUCGCUGUCCCCCUACGGCAGCUACGCGCUGCGGCUGCGCGCCGAGGCCGGGCAGCUGCGCUCCCGCUGGGUCACCCUGCCCUUCAAGCCCAUGGACGACACGUCCAUCGGUGCCCCGGCGGUGCGGCUGCGCUCGGAGCAGGGGGCGCUGCACGUGGAUCUCUCGGGCCCGUUCGCGGAGCACGGCCAGGACCGGUGGCCGCUGCGGCUCUACUACGGCUCCUGGAGCUACCGGAUCCUCUACUGGAGGAAGGGCGGCCGGGACACGGAGCCCACCUCUGCUUCCCGGGCAGCUCGGGUGGACACCAGGCACAGCUCAGAGGUCCUGGCCCCGCUGGAGCCAUGGACAGUGUACUGUGUGCGAGCGCAGGCGCUGAUCCCCGAGUGGAACAAGACAGGGCAGCUGAGCAGGGAGCUCUGUGAGCAGACAACCCACAACGGUGUAACCCCUGUGUGGAUCAUUGUGACUGUUCUGGUGGGGUCCAUGCUGGUCGUGGCCACAGCUGUCACCGUUUGUUUCUUCUCCAGUUUUUAUCUGUACAGACUCAUCAAACAUGUGUUCUGCCCUUCCUACAUUUUCCCAGAACACUUGAAAGAGGUUUGUUUCCUGCCUAACAUGUGAAAAUCAGCCCUUUCCAGCAGAGCCACUUGCUUUUUCAAGGCUCUCGGUGCCAAAACAUUUGGAGCUUCUUUUAUUUUGCCUCCUUUCCCUGGCACCUGAUGGUCAGUGGUCUGUAAUUUGAAAUCACCAGCUUUUUAUGGCUCAGAAACAGGAUGGGGUUGUUGAUUUUGAAGUGAGAGAGUACCAGGUGUCAACUUCAGUUCCUCAUUUGGCCAAUGAGCAACAGAAAUCUCUGUCUCUCCUGCCUCCUUUCAGACUUAAACCAGCUCCUUUUUUCUCCUGCAGCAAAGUUCUGUCAGGAGUGUAAUCAUGAGUUUUAACUCCGGGAAAGUGUCUGAGGAAGGAACCUGGGCUGGAUCAGCCCAGAUUUUUGUACCUGCAGUGGCCAGCACUGCUGACAGCAGCUGGUUUCUCAUUCCAGAUUCAGUUCAGGAUUGUUUCAGUGAGGGCACUGGGGUGAGCAGAGGGAUGGAGCAGCUCUGAGGAAAGGCUGGGAGAGCUGGGAUUGCCCAGCCUGGGGAAGGAAAGGCUCUGGGGUGGCCUCAUGGUGGCCUUGCAGGGCCUGAAGGGCUCCCGGAGAGCUGCAGAGGGACUGGAGGGACAGGACACAGGGAAUGGCUCCCAGUGCCAGAGGAGAGGGUUCUUGCCAAAUCUCUCUUCCCCUACAGCCCAGUUACCCUUUGGUGUUUGUUCCCAAUCAAAACUUUGAUUUUCCCAAGUUUCUGUCCCAAAAAGACUCCGAGCCCUGGGGUUAUUCUUGAGAGGCACUUCCAUCUUGCUCCCAGGCCUGGAACAGAUUUUAGGGAGGAUGUGACGCUCUUGGCCCUGUGGGACUUGUAAGGCCUGGGAAAGCCACUUGGUGUGUGCAAAACAGUCCCAAUGUUUGUUGUUUGAUAGCCCCAGUGUUUGUGAGCAAACAGAUGGGGCAGCUGCAGACACCUAAUGCUCAUUUCCUCUUUGUUUCCCAGUUUCUGAGCAAACCCCCCGGUGCUCCCCAGCCUCUCCCUCCCCGAGAAGAGCUCCUGGUUUGUGACAAGCUGGCAGUGAUGGCAGAGCACCCC